AUGGCAUCAACCUCUCCAGCCGACGACCAGGGUGCAAAGUCUGGAUCUCCCGAGUCUGGGAGUACACCAGCCAGUGUCAACAAAGAGGCCACCGCAUCGGCGGGGAGCGAGGUUGAGAUGAAGAGCAUGCGGUCAAACACGCCGCCAAAGGGAUCCAUCCCGCUGGGCGAGGAUAUAAUGCAAUUAGCCCGAAUCGGUGAAAUUGGCGCGAUGCAGAAUUUGUUCGUGACGAAGAAGUUGACUGCGAAUCACCGGGACGAAGAGGGGAUUACGCCGCUGCAUUGGGCGGCCAUCAACAACCAAUAUGCCAUGUGCAAGUUCCUGCUCGAUUCCGGCGCCGACGUGAAUGCCAAAGGCGGGGAGUCGGUCGCUACGCCAGCAAUGUGGGCAGCGCAACGAUGCCAUUAUUACAUCGUUAAUCUACUCCUUUCCUAUGGCGCGGACCCGCUGCUCACCGACGUACAAGGCUACAACAUCCUCCACCUGGCGACGAUCGAUGGGAACGCUUUCCUCGUUCUCCUCCUCCUUCAUCAGGAAAUUCCCGUGGAUGUGAUGGAUCAACAAGGCCAUACAGGAUUGAUGUGGGCUGCGUACAAGGGCUACCCUGUCUUGGUGGAUCUCUUCCUGCGAUGGGGUGCCGAUGUCAAUGCUGUGGAUGAGGGUGGCUUGACACCGCUGCACUGGGCGCUGGUCAAGGGUUCAUUGCCCAGUAUUGUCAAAUUGCUCGAGUAUGGCACCGAUCGCUUUGCAGAGACUCGUGACGGCAAGUCACCCAGCACUGUCGCGCAAGAAAUGAACACUUCUCGGGUCUGGCAGCGUGCGCUUGCUGAGCGCGGGUUUGAACCGGACGGUACUCAGAAACCGCCGGGGACGGGGUUGUCUGGCUAUUUGAAAAAUAAGAGUGUGAUGGGCAAAUUCUUCUUCUUGUGGCCUUUCCUGACCCUCCUUGUUGCAAUCUGGAUGCUGAGCCAUCUUCCCAUUUUCUUGGGCGUCCCCGCCACGGCAGUCACUGCUUUUGGCAUGCAGUAUGCUGCGCAACAGGUGGCGAACCGUGGUCCAUCGGAGUAUCGGAUUCUACAAAAAACGCCCUAUCUGGCUGGUAUUUUUGCGGCCACGCUGUUCUGGACUGGAUUCCGUUACGUUACCAAAGUGCUGCCCGCUACUUACUCCUCGGCUCCGAUCGUCAACAUUCUUUUCACUGCCUUCUUCUGCCUUACUGCGUACUUCUACACCUUGGCCAUGAUCGAAGAUCCCGGCUAUGUACCCAAGGUGAACAGCCGCAAUCAGCAGAGAGAAUUGGUCAAAGAGCUAUUCGAGCAGUGGAAGUUUGACGAGGAAAACUUCUGUAUGCCGUGUAUGUCAAGGAAGCCACUGCGCAGCAAGCACUGUCGUCGUUGCGGACGCUGUGUUGCCAAGCAUGACCACCAUUGCCCUUGGAUUGACAACUGUGUGGGAGCAAAUAAUUUGCGCCACUUUGUAUUGUACAUUGUGUCUCUCGAGAUCGGCAUCAUUCUCUUUGUGCAACUGAGCGUCACUUACAUCCAAGGUCUACCGUCCAUUCCUGGUGCCAGGUGUAACGUUAUUAACGACACACUUUGUGACAUCAUGACCCGUGACACGUUCACGCUCGUUCUGGACGUCUGGGACACCUUGCAACUCGUCUGGGUAACCAUGCUCUGCGCUGUACAGCUCGUUCAGGUGUCCCGCAAUCAGACCACCUACGAGAACAUGCGUGGUCACCAUGUUGAUCGGUCAUACCCCAGUUCCCAAGCCUUCGCCUCGGCCAUGGCUGCCGGUACUCCCUCAAUGGAAGCCGCCGGUCUCACUGCCAACGGCGCCGGACCCAACCCGGCAAUCCCACGUCCCGGUCAACCUCGACGGAAACACGGUUUCUGUGCCCAGUGGUCAUCCUUGCUCGGCAUUGACACAUUCUUUGCCACCGCACGUGGAGGGCAAGUUGCACGGCCCCGAAAUCCGUUCUCACGCGGCGUGAUCACCAACUGCCGCGACUUCUGGUGUGAUCCAGCUCCGGUGUUUGGAAAGAAUCAAACCGGCUCUGGUAUGCUCGGCGGCGAAGUCGUCAAUUACCAUAACAUGUAUCAGACUCCGACACGGAUGCACAUGAGUGCCCGAACUGGUGAUGGCGGAGCCUACCGCAGUGUGGCUGGUGAGGAUCCUGAACAGAUGGUUUGA